AUGGAGGAAGAAGAGCCCGCGUCGAAGCAGGCGAUCCGCAUUAUUUUCUUCCUGCAUCUGCCGUUCCCUUCCUACGAAGUCUUCCGCCAGCUCCCGCUCCGCACGUCCAUUCUGCGCGGCGUUCUCGCCGCCGAUCUCAUCGGCACGCACACCUACAGCUCCGCGCGCCACCUCAUCAGCUCCUGCUGCCGCCACCUCGGCAUUACCCAGCGCGUCCAGCGCAACAGCAACAUCUGUCUCCAGUGGGGAUCGCGCAGCGUCUGCGUCUACAUCUCCCACGUCGGGCUCGACACGGCCUACCUCACCCCGCUUCUGAACUCCUCCGACGUCCUGGAGUCCACCGCGGGGAUCCGCGCGCUCUACGGGGACCGUCGGAUCAUCGCGGCGGUCGACGAGCUGGACCCGAUCAACGGCAUUCUCCUCAAGCUCCAGGGCUUCCGCGAGUUCCUCCGAGACAACCCGGACCUGCGUCGCCGCGUGGUGCUGGUGCAGGUCUGCUUCCGCCCGCGCAGCAUCCAGGCGGGCGGCGCGCGGCAGAAGAGCUACGAGUCGCAGCUGCGCGAGGAAGCGGCGGCGUGCAACGCGGAGUUCCCCGACUCUGUAGCGCUGCAGCUGCUCACAGGGUCGUUCUAUCCGGUGCAGAAGCGUCUGGCGCUCUGGAAGGCGGCCGAUCUGUACCUCAACACGGCCUUCGCGCAGGGAUUGAACCCGCAUCCGCAGGAGUAUUUGCUGGCGCGCGCGCAGGAGGGCGGCGUGCUGGUCGUCUCCGAGUUCGCCAGUGCGCACGAGUUUCUGAACGGCGCGCUGCCGGUGAACCCGUGGGACGUAGAGAGCAUCGCGCAGCAGCUCGAGACCGCGGUGGAAAUGGGGAAGGACGAGGUGAAACUCCGGCAGAACCGCGAUUUGGAGAGCAUUCAGAAGCGCGAGCAGAAGGUCUGGCUGCGUCUCGUGCUGCAGAAUCUCGACGACACUCUCAGCGAGGAGUCCAUGCAGACCUCCCGCGACCCCGGCGACGGACUGCUCAGCGCGGACGACGCCAAUUCGCUCCUCCUCCCGCUCAGCAUCGCGGAUGUGGCGGCGGCGUACCGCGCGGCGCGGCGGCGGUUCUUCAUUCUGGACUAUGGAGGGACGCUGCAGGCGAAGGAAGGCUUUAACCGCGAUCUGAAGGACGACUUCCGCGGCGUGCUGCAGCGGCCGCCGAGCCGCGCGAUGAGCGACGUGCUGCAGCGACUGUGCUACGACCGGGCGAACGAGGUGUGGGUGAUCAGCAGCAUCGGGAGCAUGGGGAUGGAGAAGACGCUCGGCGCGUUCCGGAACCUCGGGUUAAUCGCGGUGAACGGGCUGAAGGUGCGACGACCGCGGGAAAGCGAGUGGGAGCCGUCGCCGGAGUAUCGGAAGAAAGUGCUGCCGUUCAGCAAGGAAAUUUUGGCGCUGUGCCGCGACUAUCAGUUCCAGACGAACGGGAGCACGAUCUACCACGACGAUUAUGUGAUUCGGUUCCAUUACCAGUACUGUGAUCCCGAUCUGGGGAAGCUGAUGGCCGAGAAGCUGGUGCAGGAGCUGCAGACGCUGCUGGCGGGCGUGUCGGUGAAGAUCGUGCAUGAUGUCGGCGUGGUGGAGGUGCGAUCGUUCCUGGGGACGCGCGGCGUGAUCGUGAAGACGCUGCUGGAGGAGUUCAAAGCGCGGAACGGAGCGCCGGACUUCGUGCUGUGUAUGGGGGACAGCGCGGUGGACGAGCCGAUGUUCGCCGAUGUGCAGAAUUUCUUCCAUGCGACGGACGCGGAGACGGAGCCGAAGGUGGUGACUUGCACGGUGGGCGCGAAGCCGUCGAAGGCGCAGUACUACACGCGGAGCGUGCAGGAGAAUUAUCGGCUGCUGGCGGCGUUGACGGAGACGGUGGUGAAUCGAAAAGAGAUUUGA